CUGCCUGCGGCUCAUCUCGGGGGUGUUCAUGUUUCCCACAGGUUUCUCUUCCGCUCAGGAGGUCAGGCCUGCCACUGAUGGUAGCAGCAGCAGCAGUAGCUCCUCUUCCUCCUCCUCGUCUUCCUCCUCCUCUUCCUCCAAGAAGAGAAAGCUAAACAACAGCGAGAAGGACGAGACGGAGCCCCUCUCUUCCUCCUCUUCUUCCUCCUCCUGCUCUUCUCUCCUCCCCAGGAACCAUUCCUCCUCCUCUUCUUCCUCAGCCAUUGCUACCACCUCCUGCUCUUCCUCCUCCUCCUCGUCUUCCUCCAACCACCACUUGCAGAAGAAGCUCCGCUUUGAGGACUCCUUGGAUUUUAUUGGACUCGAUGUCAAGAUGGCCGAGGAGUCUUCCUCCACUUCGUCGCCGGCUUCGUCUUCCUCGUCUGCUUCCCAACAGCAGCAGCAACAACAACAACAGCUCAAAAGCAAAAGCCUCCUCCUUUCUUCCGUGGCCGCGGGACACCACGCGAACGGCCUGACCAAAGCCGCCUCGUCCAGCGUCUCCAGCUUUGCCAAUAGUAAACCGGGCUCGGCCAAGAAGUUAGUCAUCAAGAAUUUUAAAGAUAAACCUAAACUGCCUGAGAAUUACACAGAUGAGACCUGGCAAAAACUAAAAGAAGCGGUAGAAGCUAUUCAGAACAGUACUUCAAUAAAGUAUAAUCUAGAAGAGCUCUAUCAGGCUGUGGAAAAUCUCUGCUCCUACAAGAUUUCUGCAAAUUUGUACAAGCAGUUAAGACAGAUUUGCGAAGAUCAUAUCAAAGCACAGAUUCAUCAGUUCAGAGAGGAUUCAUUGGACAGCGUUCUAUUUCUCAAGAAAAUAGACAAAUGCUGGCAAGAUCAUUGCAGACAAAUGAUCAUGAUUAGAAGUAUCUUUUUGUUCCUGGAUCGAACCUACGUUCUUCAAAAUUCAAUGCUGCCAUCAAUUUGGGAUAUGGGACUUGAAUUGUUCAGGACUCAUAUAAUUAGUGACCAGAAAGUUCAGAACAAGACCAUCGAUGGCAUUCUUCUCUUGAUUGAGAGGGAGAGAAACGGAGAAGCGAUCGACAGGAGCCUCCUCCGCAGCCUUCUAAGCAUGCUUUCUGACUUGCAGAUCUAUCAGGAUUCUUUUGAGCACAGAUUCUUGGAAGAAACUAACCGACUCUAUGCAGCAGAAGGACAGAGGCUUAUGCAGGAAAGAGAGGUUCCAGAGUAUCUUCAUCAUGUCAACAAACGUUUGGAAGAAGAGGCAGACAGGAUUAUCACAUACUUGGAUCAAAGCACUCAGAAACCACUAAUUGCUACUGUAGAAAAACAGCUGCUAGGUGAACAUUUAACAGCCAUUCUACAGAAAGGUUUAAAUCAUCUCCUGGAUGAAAACCGAAUUCAAGAUUUAUCGCUACUAUAUCAGUUGUUCAGUAGAGUGAAAAAUGGCGUGCAAGCUCUUUUGCAGCAGUGGAUCGAAUAUAUAAAGGCAUUUGGCAGCACGAUUGUGAUUAAUCCGGAGAAAGACAAAACAAUGGUCCAAGAGCUACUAGACUUCAAAGAUAAAGUUGACCAUAUAAUUGACGUUUGCUUUUUGAAGAAUGAGAAAUUUGUCAAUGCCAUGAAAGAAGCCUUUGAAACCUUCAUCAACAAAAGACCAAAUAAGCCUGCUGAACUCAUAGCUAAGUACGUGGAUUCAAAGCUUCGUGCUGGAAACAAAGAAGCUACCGACGAAGAGCUUGAAAAGAUGCUGGAUAAAAUUAUGAUUAUAUUUAGGUUUAUCUAUGGGAAAGAUGUUUUCGAAGCCUUUUACAAAAAAGAUCUAGCAAAGCGGCUACUAGUGGGCAAAAGUGCCUCCGUCGAUGCUGAGAAAUCCAUGCUGUCGAAACUCAAACACGAAUGUGGAGCUGCUUUUACCAGCAAACUUGAAGGAAUGUUUAAAGACAUGGAGCUUUCGAAAGACAUCAUGAUACAGUUUAAACAGUAUAUGCAAAACCAGAAUGUACCUGGCAACAUUGAACUCACCGUGAAUAUCUUGACAAUGGGCUACUGGCCAACCUACGUGCCUAUGGAAGUUCACCUGCCAGCAGAGAUGGUCAAGCUCCAGGAGAUCUUUAAAACAUUUUAUCUAGGAAAACACAGUGGCAGAAAACUUCAGUGGCAAUCAACAUUAGGACACUGUGUACUCAAAGCAGAAUUUAAAGAGGGCAAAAAAGAGCUGCAAGUGUCUUUGUUCCAGACUCUAGUGCUGCUUAUGUUUAACGAAGGCGAAGAAUUCAGUUUGGAAGAAGUCAAGCAAGCCACUGGAAUAGAAGACGGAGAGCUGCGGCGGACGCUUCAGUCGUUAGCCUGCGGCAAGGCCAGAGUGCUGACAAAAAGCCCCAAAGGCAAAGACGUGGAAGAUGGCGACAAAUUUACCUGCAACGAUGACUUCCGACACAAGCUCUUCCGGAUAAAAAUCAACCAGAUUCAGAUGAAAGAAACGGUAGAGGAACAAGCCAGCACUACGGAAAGGGUGUUCCAGGACCGGCAAUACCAAAUCGACGCAGCCAUCGUGAGAAUCAUGAAGAUGCGCAAGACGCUGAGCCACAAUCUGCUGGUAUCGGAAGUAUAUAACCAGCUAAAAUUCCCAGUAAAGCCUGCUGACCUUAAGAAGAGAAUAGAAUCGUUAAUUGACAGAGACUACAUGGAACGAGACAAGGAAAACCCCAACCAGUAUAACUACAUUGCAUAAAUAUACAACCAGCCUUUUUUUGUUGUUUUGUUUUGUUUUUUUCUUUUUCUGCGCACUCAAUGUCCUUCCUCCUUGGUUGCCGGUGGAGAAGCCACCCGUUGAUCCCAUUCAAUUAACCCCCCCUUUUUCCCCCUACUACCAGUGACUGAAAUGAAAAGCAGCGUAAUGGGGGAAAGGGGGUGACGUAAGCGAGCGAACUUUUCUCAAUGGCCGUAACGUGCCCAUUGAAGGAGUAGUAUUUACAUUUUUCAGAAGAAUGCUGUUGAACUCUUUGCAUGACACUUGGUAUGGUGUGCAGAAAAACCAUAAGGAAGUUUCCGGUCUUUGGGGGAAAUGGACUUCAAGGGAGGCCUUUCUUUAGGAGACAGAACAACAACAAAGGGGUAAAAAAAAUACUUUUUUUUUACUUUUGUUAAAAGUAGCCUUUUUACAAAUGCUUAAACUGCAUGCAAACGAUUUCCUGUUUGGAAUUAAUUGGAUUUGUGGAUCAAAUAGCGAACGAGAAGCCAAGCUCAAAAUCUGUGGAUUCAUAAAACAAUUUGCAGCUCUCAGAAAGAAAAUUGCCAUUCAUGGAGGUGGUUCUCAACAACAAGCAAAGAGAGCUUGUUCCCCUACCACGUCAUUAAUUCCGUGCAAGUGUGGAGUUAUUGUGGCAGCUUAUUAUCUCCACAUUUUGAUUAAUCCCACCCAGAGGAGAGCUUUAGCCACUGCAAGAUGUAAUGCGUUGCCAUCAGCUCUUUUGGAUGGCUCUCAACCUGUGAGUCCCCAGAUGUUUUGGCCUUCAACUCCCAGAAACCCUAACAGCUGGUAAACUAGCUGGGAUUUAUGGGAAUUUGAGACCAAAACACCAGGGGACCCACAGGAUGAGAACCGGUAAAGUUUAAGGCUGUGGUUCUCAACCUGUGAGUCCCCAAAUAUUUUGGGCUCCGACUUCCAGAAACAGCUGGUAAACUAGCUGAGAUUUCUGGGAAUUGGAGGCCAAAACACCAGGGGACCCACAGGAUGAGAACCGGUAAAGUUUAAGGCUGUGGUUCUCAACCUGUGAGUCUCCAAAUAUUUUGGGCUCCGACUUCCAGAAACAGCUGGUAAACUAGCUGGGAUUUCUGGGAAUUGGAGGCCAAAACAUCUGGGGACCCACAGGUUGAGAACCACUGCAGUCUAAGGUGACGUAAACAUUCAUUGGUGGUCACCGAAAGCCCUUUGAUUGGUGCUGCAAAGCCCAUCAUAAAAAGUGUAGCGUUUAGAUCACCAAUAUAGGCUCCUCAUCUUCAAAUGUAAAUACUUGGGAAAUAAAAUGACUGUUUGAAAGUUGCCAUCAGGGCCCUUCCCUCCUCCCGUUUUUCUAUCGUUUGCAAAGAAAUGAAAUUUUGGAUUUCCUUUUCUGUCACAACACUACAAAACAGUAAUUCUCAGCCUGUGGGUCCCCAAAUGUUUUGGCCUUCAACUCCCAGAAAUCGUAACAGCUGGGAUUUUUGGGAGUUGGAGGCCAAAUCACCCACAGGUUGAGAAUCUACUACAAAAGCCUGCCCUUGAGGAAGUUUCCCCUCUUCUAAUUCUCUGUGAUUUCCGCUUCUAUUGCAAGGAAAAGCUGGAUGUUCAUGGAGACGCUCGUUUCAAGUCUUUGCAGGCUCAGCCAGCAUUGCAGCCCACUCAUAUCUGCAGGUUGUUGCUGAAGUGACUUAGUUAAUAUCCUAAAGUUUGUGCUUUAAGAAGCGUUCCUUGAACCAGCUUGCCAAAUCCGCUUUAAAGAAUGUAGAGAGGACCAUCCUCUCCAACCACGUGCUUCCCUUCAAAGACACCAGAGCAGUGGUUCUCAACCUGUGAAUCUCCAGAUUUCUUGGCCUUCAACUCCCAGAAAUCCCAACCAGUUUAUGAUUUUUGGGAGUUGAAGACCAAAACAUUUGGGGACCCUCAAGUUGAGAACCACGGCACCAGAGAAUUGCAAAACAUUGCAAGAUCCGACUUCGCGAAAAAUUCAGGACUUGAGAAUCUCUGCCUAUUUUUUUCCUUGUUGUCCCUUUCUUUUUACUUUGCCUAAAUCUAUAAACAGUUCAUCUUUUCCUUGGUAGGUUUUAGAGAUGUUCCUGCCAUCGUAUAUUACGUUGUGCAUGUUUAUGCCUCAAAACCUCCUUUGCUCAGUGUUGCUUUAAUGGGAACCACUACAGCACAGAAUUGCAAAACGUUGCAAGAUCCCACUUUGCAAACACUGAAGCGCUUGAGAAUCCCUGCCUAGUUUUUUCCUUGUUGUCCCUUUCUUUUUACUUUCCCUAAAUCUAUAAACAGUUCAUCUUUUCCUUGAUAGGCUUUAGAGAUGUUCCUGCCAUCGUAUAUUACGUUGUGCGUGCUUAUGCCUCAGAACCUCCUUUGCUCAGUGUUGCUUUAAUGGGAACCACUGCACCAGAGAAUUGCAAAACGUUGCAAGAUCCCACUUUGCAAACACUGCAGCACUUGAGAAUCCCUGCCUAGUUUUUCCUUGUUGUCUCUUUCUUUUUACUUUCCCUAAAUCUAUAAACAGUUCAUCCAGCUGCAUUUCCUACGUUUUUGGAAUUAAAAUCCCCGAAAUGAAGUGUUUUGGAGCAAAUAAUGCAGCUGUGCCAAGGGGGGAAAUGUCAAAAAUGUUACAUGUGCAUGUAGAGUGAAAACAUUUCAACUCUUAACGGAGAAUGAGAGCCAAGGACGGGGACUUUCAAAAUGGAUUUGGGCCGUAACAGAAACUGUUUACAGCGAGAUCCUUUUGAGAAAAUGUCCUUAAGGUUUUGCACGAUGGCAAUUCAGAUCAUCCCAUGGAGUUCCUCUAUUUCUGAAGGAGAUUAUUAGAGUUUGGUUGAGCUCAUGAUGGAAAAGGCUAUUGCUGGGUUGCUGUUUGUUUUCCGGGUUGUAUGGCCAUGUUGCAGAAGCAUUCCCUCCAAAUGUUUUGCCUCCAUCUAUGGCAGGCAUCUCCAUAGAGGUAGGCGAAACAUCAGGAUGCCUGCCAUAGAUGCAGGCGAAACAUCAGAAGAGAAUGCUUCUGCAACAUGGCCAUACAGCCUGGAAAAUUCACAACAAACCAUUGGUUCUGGGCAUGGAAGCCUUCGACAAUACAAAGGCUAUUGCGUUGGCAACCUCUUAAUUUCCUGAUUGAGCAUUCUAUCAAAUUGGUGUUAGCCAUACUCUCCAGCAACUCUGCUGGGAUCACGUGCCUGCGUUAUUGAGCCAUACAGAUAUGUAUAAUAGAUGACUGAUAGACAAACACACCUUUCUUGGACUGUGACCCUCGUGUCAGGCCAUAGGUUUUCCAAAACCCGCCCUCCGUUGCAUGCAGUUUAUAGCAGACUCCUUUAGAAGAAACUGCAAAUUUAUUAUAAUAUAGUUUGGGGUGUGUUGUGUUUUUUUUUUUUUUACAAAAAAGAAAAACUUCCUAUACAAAAACACUGGUUUUUUCCCCUUCUUUUGGGUGAUUUAAAAUGAAUUUCAGAAAGCGUCCGUUUGGUUCCGAAACGAGCGGCGAAAGCGUUGUACAAACUUGUUUCUGUUCGAUAGCUUAACACAAAAAGGUGCCAAAGUACAGAGAGUGGAUUGAAACGAAACGUAGGCCAUUGUUCAGUGAGAGCGGUGCUUUUGCCUUCUUCUUUCUUUUUGUUUUGGGUCCUUCCGAUGCUCCUUUUAUGCGUUGCGCAUUUCCGUGUGUGUGAUCUACGUGUGUCCUGGUCUCUGCACCUCUCCAAGGCCAACCAUCAUUUGUUUCUGUGCAUCUGAGGACACCACUUUGGGGUUUUAUUUUCCCUAAAUACAAUAGGGAAAGCGUCUGUUUCAAAAGUUCCAAGAGUCCAGCAGCAUUCGAAAAUGUAAUAUACUGUUUUUGUAUAAAGACGUUCUUCAGAAGAGUAUCUUUGAAGCUGGAAGGAAGCGACGGAAAGGGGGAAAUAAGGCCCUGCUCCUUUCCGGGCACCGUUUUUUUAAAUGGGCCGCUUAAAAGAGUUUUACUGGUUUGUGGUGGGAACGUUCUGCUGGCCCAAUGGGGCAUAGGUCAGCAUUGCGUCGUUCCAUGCAACAACAACAAACAAAAACACAAAACAAAACAAAAAAAAGUUAAAAGUAGGUCAAAUGUUUCAUAAGAAGUGGAUUGGGUACAGAGAGUCUCUUCUUUGGUAAAUAAUGUAAAUACAUGUCCUUUAAAAAAAAAGAGUGAGUCUGUUAUCUAGGUAUUUUGUGUCAUUUAAUAAAUAAUAAACAGUU